GUACUCAGUACAAUUCGCUACUCAGACGCGAGCGCUCGAAUUGAAUCUCGGCUUUAACUUUGAUUGCCGCCCCGCAUUUCACACGUCUUGAACAUAUACGUCUUUACUCACCAACACAAAGAAAACGGCUUAAAAUAAAACAAUACAAUAACAAAUAAGAAGAGAGGCAGUAACCACACAAGCACAGGUCUUCGCGUUUUAUAAACGCUAAAAAGCCAAUCGAAAAUAAAAAUAUUAUUAAAAAUGUGUUAAAUAAUUUAUAUGAAGGAAAUCUGGUGUAUCAUUUAAAAUAAAGUGCAGAAUCUUUGCAUUGAGCAUUAAAGCGGAUACCGCUUUCCCACUUUGUGAAGUUGGCUGGCAGCGAAGGCCAUUCGCACCUCUAACUUAAGCCACAGGGGAAAACAAAACGGCUAGAUUCCACUUGAGGUGAUCAUCGAUUGGAAACUAUAUGUAGCCGAACCUCGGAAAAUCUGCAGAUUCACGGGACAAUCGCGACCACCUGAAAGUUCGAGUGCGGGCUCCAAGGACUUUGUUAGCAUGAUACCACACUGUGGAUACCGUUACAUGUGGAACCGUGAAAUUGUGAUAAACUCGCAAAAGUUGGUUAAACGACGCUAAGCAGGAACUUCAGAUUUUCAACCACGCCGACCACUUUGCGGCAGCAGUUGAAUCCUACGGACAGAAAUCCAGCAACCGAAGGACAGACGCACAAUAAAAACCAAUCACUCAAAUCCCUUCAUGCAAUUUAAAACUUUUAAUACUUUUCAUAUACGUUUUACCACGUUUUUACCGUUUUUACCACGUACCGUUUUUGUUUUUUAUUUAAUAAGAAAAUGUGGUGAACUUAUACCAGCCUAACCUACCCAUUUUCCAGCUUUUUAUUUGUACUUUCUAAUUUGAUUCUGUGAUUUCUUACUUUCAUUUGGAAAUUUGAUUAUACAUUACUGCUAAUAUUUUUUCUAUCUUCAUAAUAUAAGGAAUUCUCCUUUUAAAUAGCUAUUGUUUAAAACUCGAUUAUUGUUAGGUUUAGGUAAGUCUACUCAUUUGGGGGUAUAUAUAUACCAUUUACCGUCUUAAUUUUUUUUUUUAAUAAAAACUUGUGGGUUAACACUUAAUAUUCGACAAAACGAUUCACUGCUGCCGCAAAAAUGAGCACCUAUAUAUUUAUGCAAGCAUAUGAAUGUCUUUUGGACCAAAAGGCAACGUUGAACUGCAUCGAUUAUGACAGUAACAGCUUUCAGCCGAACAUUAAUGUUAUAACUCAGGCCAUAGUACCCGCAAACAAAGUACAAUUCGGUGCAUCUUCAGACGCUGCUUCGCUUCCUUCUGCCGCUGAUUACCAGCUCAAUGAUGGCCCAUCCCUUAUUCUACAGCAAUUAACGCCGCCGCAGUCUCCGCCUCAAUUCGAUGCUUACAAACAGGCGGGCGAUGCACAGCCAAAACCCGUGCUCGUAAAGGCCGAGCAAAAGGUGCAAUGCUAUACUCCUGAUGUUACACACGCAGCAUCUGCCACGCCCUUUAACUUUACCAACUGGGUAGGCGGCAGCGAAAUUGCCCGAGAGAACCAACUGGUCGAUGAUAUCGUCAAUAUGCGUGCUAAGGAGCUCGAAUUGUCCACGAACUGGCAGCAGCUCAAUGAGGACUGCGAGUCUCAGGCGUCUUCAUCUUUAGACAGCAGAAGCACAGGAAGCGGAGUGUGCAGCAGCAUCGCCGACGCCGACGAGGACUGGGUUCCAGAGCUUAUCAGCAGCUCCUCCUCGCCAGCUCCUACAACCAUCGAGCAGUCUGCGUCCCAGCCAAAAAAGCGUACUCGCACUUACGGGCGCGGUGUAGAGGAUCGAAAGAUCAGGAAAAAGGAGCAGAACAAGAACGCUGCCACACGAUAUCGCCAGAAAAAGAAACUUGAAAUGGAGAAUGUGCUGGGCGAGGAGCAUGUGCUGUCUAAAGAAAACGAGCAGCUUCGUCGCACUCUGCAGGAGCGGCACAACGAAAUGCGCUAUCUGCGCCAGCUGAUUCGAGAGUUCUACCAUGAACGCAAGCGCUAGGCUUUAUUUUCUUUGAAAUCAAUUUUAUCGUCGUUUGCAAAGUUAUUGUUAUAGUUAAACCCAAGCCUCUUCCAUAAACUAAUUGUCAUCAUAAUGUUUCAAUGUAAUACUAUCAAUAACAAUCUCCGGGUUGCCCAAAAUCUACAAAUCACCAAAGUACGCAGCCUGUCCUUUGUCCUACAUUUUUGGCACUAAUGACGAGUCUCUGAAUUCGGAAAUAUUUGUUGCCAGUGGGGCCUAAAGGCGACCCCAUAUCCCAAGCAGCACGGUCCAAUGUAAAAACACAUUAAUUGAAAAGCUCAUUGAUUUGUUUUUCUGCAAAUCGGACAGUGUUGCGGCUGCUGUGCUAUUUCAAAAACACUUAUAUUUUUAAUCUGGUAGCAUCUCGAAAGAUGUAGAUUUAUUUUAAUGUUUCAUUAUUUUUUUCAUAUUCAACAUUGAUCAGUAAUAAAUCAAAGGGUUUUUAAAAG